AUGGAGGGAUGCAGCAGCAGGCACUGCACCCUGAGCGGAAACACCCCCAAGAUCACCAUCGAGGAGGUGCUGCUCCGGGCCCUGGAAGACCUCUCCGAGCAGGAUUUUAAAAAAUUUCAGGAUGCGCUGGCAAACAGAGACCUGCAGGGCCAGGGGCACAUUCCCUGGGGGCGGCUGGAGAAGGCCGACCGGCUGGAUACGAAGAGGCUCAUGCUGAGUUUCUAUGGCAAGGAGGAAGCCCUGGACAUGGCAAUAGCCAUCUUUGAGCGUAUCCAAUGCCGCGAGAAGGCCGCCAUGAUCCAGGAAAAGAGAGAGGAAGCCUUGGGCCUUGCUCCUCUACUGGAUUCAUCGUCACCAGACUGCCAGAGGAAAUACAAAGAAGCCAUACGCCAGGAGUUCACCCACAUAAAGGACCAAAACUCCCGGAUGGGUGAAAACGUGGACCUGAAUACCAGGUACUCAAAGCUGGUGAUCGUCACCAAGCACCUUGAUGAAGAGCAACGGGAGCAUAUCAUGGACAUGGGACAGAGGCACGUGGAGAUCAUGAAGGAACAAGCCAGCUCCUCCAUCGCUGUUGGUGACCUCUUCAAGCCUGACUCCAAGGGCUGGGCUCCCAAGGUGGUCGUGCUCCUGGGAGCCGCAGGCAUGGGCAAGACGGUGACAGCCAGGAAGAUCAUGCUAGACUGGGCAUUUGACAAGUUGUUCAUGGAGUUUGACUACGUCUUCUACAUCCACUGCCGGGAGGGCAACCUCCUCACCCCCAGUUCCAGCAUGGAUGACCUGAUCAGCCAGUGCUAUCCUGGCAACAAUCUGCCCGUUGCCAAGGUGCUGGCGCAGCCGGAGAAGCUCCUCUUCGUGAUCGACGGCUUUGAUGAGCUGCGCUUUUCCUUUGACUUGCUCCCGUGCGAGCCGUGCUCCCAGCCCAAGGAGAGGCAGGUGAAGGUCACCCUGAGCAGCCUCUUGCGCAGGAAGGUCCUGCCCGAGAGCUCCCUGAUCAUCACCACGAGGCCGGCCGCCCUGCAGAAACUGGGCAAGUGCCUGGUCUGCGAGCGCUACGCUGAAAUCCUGGGGUUUUCCGAGGCGGAGAGGAAGGAGUAUUUCCACACGUUUUUCCAAAACACGGAGCAGGCGACUGCCGCCUUCCAGUUCGUCAGAGGUAACGAGACGCUCUUCACCAUGUGCCUGGUGCCCAUCGUGUGCUGGAUUGUCUGCACCGUUGUGAAGCAGCAGCUCAGCCGCAGCGGAGGUCUCACCCAAAGCCCGAAGACGACGACAGGGAUCUACACCCUUUACCUUUCUGCCCUGCUCCAGUCUGUGAGCAGCCAGCUGAAGCAAGACAUGCCCGGGGUGCUCAGGAGGCUGUGCUGCCUGGCAGCCGACGGCGUCUGGAAGCAGAAGGUCCUCUUCGAGGAGAAGGAGGUGCAGAGGUAUGCACUGGACCAGCGAGAAGCCCUCCCGCUCCUCCUCAACGAGCACAUCUUCCAGAGGGACAUCUCCUGUGUCAGCACCUACAGCUUCAUCCACCUCAGCUUCCAGGAGUUUUUCGCUGCACUCUUCUACCUGCUGGAAGAUGAAGGGGAGGCGAGGGACCUCCCUGCUGGUCCUACCAGGGAUGUGAAGGAGCUGCUGGAGAGCUACGGCAACUCCAGGAACUUCUGCGUGCUAACCGUGCGGUUCCUCUUCGGACUCUUAAAUGAGGAACACAGGAGGAAGCUGGAGGAGAUCGGGUGUAGAAUCACACCCAGGAUUACGCAGGAAUUACUGGCAUGGCUUCAGAACAGCCAGAAAACGGCCCUAGCUCUUCUGAUGCCGGAGAUGGCGGUGAUCCGUAAUCUGGAGGUCUGCCACUGUCUGUACGAGCUCCAGGACCAGAAGUUUGUGGUGGCCGCCUUGGACCCUUUCACCAGGGUGUACCUCCAAGGGUUCAAUCUUAACCACUUCGAUCAAAUGGUCCUUUCCUUCAGCGUCAAAAACAUCCCCAAGCUGGAGUCGCUUGAAAUGGGGCACUGCUCCUUCCUGUGGGACGACCCCGAGGACUGUGUGGACCCGCAGCCGGCCAAGAAGGCCUGUGGAUGCAUAAGGUUCAGCCAGUGUCAGCUCACAAGCCCCUGCUGCGGGGCUCUGGCCUCUGUUAUCAGCGCAAAACCCACGCUGACGGACCUGGACCUGGCUGGGAACGAAGACCUGAGGGACGACGGCGUGAAGCUGCUGUGCGAGGGGCUGAGAUGUGGCACCUGCCAGCUGCAGACACUGCGGUAA